UAUUUUACUUAAACGUGUGCCUACAGACAGUGUGGUUUCUCCUAGCCAGUAAAAACAACAGACCCUUGAAUUAAUGCUAGAUUAGCAGUUCAGAGAGGCGUCAGCUACAGCAAUGGCCAACCGUUUCUUUAAUGGCCUGGCACAUGCUGCGUCCUACUGGAAGCACAGGGUCCCUCCUUCAGACGAGUUGGUACAACUGGUGCUUCAAUUCCUGAAAAAACACAAAGGUCCUCCAUUUGAGUUGGCAGUGGAUGUGGGUUGUGGCUCAGGGCAGGGCACUUUGCUGCUGGCGAAACACUUUGAUUCGGUGGUGGGGACAGAUGUGAGUCCUGCCCAGCUGGAACUGGCUUUGCAGCAUGCUAAAGAGGAAAACGUCACAUAUAGGGAGUGUUUGGCUGAGGAGCUGCCAUUUGCUGACAGCUCAGUGGACCUGGUGACAGCCAUGACUGCUUUCCACUGGUUUGACAGGCCACACUUUCUCCAGGAGGCCCACAGAGUCCUGAAGCCCCGUGGCUGCUUAGCCCUGCUCAGCUACACCAUGGACAUGGAGAUCAGCUACCGGGACUGCUGCUUGCACACACUCAACCAAGUGUGCAAAGAGUAUUAUGAAGCCUUGAAACCUUACCGCAAUCCUUGUCUUGGUGCCAGAACAGAUGUUUUGUACCGGGCGGCAUAUGAAUCCAUCCCUUACCCAGUCAAGAAGUGGCAGAAGAAUAUGUGGGUGAGAAGAUCCAUGCCCCUGUACAGCUUCAUCGGGCUGUUGGAGACGUUCUCAACGUAUCAGGCUCUGCUGAGAGAAGACCCACAGAGGGCCGCCAAUCUCUCCAAGGACAUGUGUGAAAGGCUGAUGUCCAUAAUGAAGGUGACCUCAGCUGAGACCGAGCUGAUGGUGGGAAUAAGGUAUUACUACGUGUUGGCCUGCAAACCAGAGGAACCCUGACUGUUUCCAGAUGUCCAUAAACGCAACCAAGGAGAAAGAAGACCUGGGUUAUUGUUGACAAUGUUCUGCUUAGCUAGUCCCUCACUGAGUACCACAGUGGUUGUUUUAAAUGGACUAUUAAAAGUAUGAUUUAUUGUGCAAAACUGUGUAAUGCCAAGA